UGAGUGACUGCUGCGCAGAGUUGGAAGGCUCAUGACCAGUUUGAACCCGUAAAACCUGGCAAGAUGAGUGCCAGUCAGCCUUACGUCCUGGUUACGGGUGCGACGGGUUUUGUGGGCGCCCAUGUAGUAGACAUCCUCCUCGAGCGAGGCUGUAGGGUUAGAGGGGCGGCAAGGAAUAUGAAGAAGGCAGAGGAGAUGCGACAGGGUCGAGGCAGUCAGGCAGAUCGGCUCGAUUUCGUUCAGAUUGCAGACUUCACGCAAGGGUCCUCGCUCGCAGACGCAGUGGAAGGCGUCGACAGCAUCAUUCAUCUUGCCAGUCCCUUGAACUUCAACGCCAAGGAUAACGAGAAGGACGUAGUGCUUCCCGCCAUCCAAGGUGUCAAGUCAGUACUGCAUGCAGCUGCGAAAGAGCCAUCGAUCAGGCGGAUUGUCAUCACAUCCUCAUUUGCUGCAGUCUAUGAUAUGAAUCGCGAGGAGCCAACGAAAUUCACGUACACGGAGAAGGAUUGGAAUCCACAAUCGUACGAAGACUCGAUCGACCCAAACUCGAACCCCGUCAUCGCCUAUCGUGGGUCCAAGAAGUUUGCCGAGCUUGAGGCCUGGAACUUUGUGCGGGAUCAGAAGCCUCACUUUGACAUUGUCACAUUAUGUCCGCCGAUGGUGUUCGGUCCUGUCAGGCAUCCUGUCGCAAGGCUAUCGGAGCUCAAUGAGUCGAAUUCCGCGUUGUGGAAGGUUGCCAGCGGUCAAGAAUCCCCCCAAGGAAUCACCUUUUGGAUUGACGUUCGGGAUCUAGCUCAAGCUCAUGUCGAGGCGCUACUCAGACCUGAAUGCGGAAACAAGAGAUACACACUAGCUGCACCGGAGCAAUAUACCCAUCAGCUUGCUGCAGACAUCAUUGCCGAGGAAUUCGAAUGGGGUAAAGGCCGAGUUGCGAAAUCGGGACAUCGUCAGGAAAUCGAGGAGUCUCAUGAUCUUGACGGUCAGAAAGCUGCACGCGACUUGGGCAUCACAUAUAAGAAGUUCCGGGAUUCGGUGGUAGAUUUUGUCUCGCAAGCCGUUGAAAUGGAGAAAAGAGAGACAUGA